UUUGCGCGCAGGGAGGAGGUGCCGUUGGGCGCCGUGGUGGCGUCGACGAUAGCUAGACCGAGCAAGGUUGAUGCAUUAGUACAGUUCUGAAGAUAGAGCGGUGGCAGUUGGCGGCGGCGGCCUCUGAAAGCACGCCAAACCAGUGUGUGCCCCAGACCCGGCAAGUGGCUAGGUUGGGGUCUCAGGUCUUAGAUGUUAGACUUGGUUGCGAUGUCUGUUUGGUAUUAGGCCCAGGCUAUCUGCGCCCUCUUCAUCAACUGGAUAGGUGUAGCGACAGUUUGUUGCUUAGACGGCGACUUUAAUCUUACUGUUGUAUAACUUUGUAAGGUCUUGUGAGAAUAAUUAAUAAAGUGGCCGUAUGCAUCACUCAGAUGCAGAGCCCGGUGGUCAUUCUCCUUUUCUAAGAAAAAAAAUAUUACCACAUAGUUCAUUUCAUAUCGAAAACUGAAAACUGUAACAUUUUCAAAGCCAAAUACUCCCUCUAUCCCAUAAUAUAAGUGUCAGAAAACGUCUUACAUUAUGAAAUAGAGGCGAGCAGUUUAAUAACAACUAUGAGCCAAGUACAUGUCAGCGCAACCAAGCAACAGAUAAUAUUCAGAUUUGGUGGAUUUGAGCAGAAGAGCUCGAGCAAACAAGAGAAAGAAAAGGCCAUACGACAACUUCAUUCAAUCUUCAGAUUUGGUAGCUAUAUAGAGACUCAAAAGGGCACAGACAUGCUGAUGGUACUGAUUUUCUAGCUAACUGAAGUCCAACUUCCUUUGCCGAAGUCCACUACUUUCAACUUGAUGUCACAGAUCAGCGAGCCCGCUUCUUCCAGUUUCAAUCAAAAGCCAUCCAUCGUAUCCAGUGAUCUCAUCCUUGAAAGAUUCGGAAUGUACCAAAGCUCAGAGGGCCAAAACACCGCAUGGUCCGGUCUAAAGCCCGGGAAAGCACGCUCAGACGUCUGGCUCGUAGUAGCCGGAAAUGGGGAACAGUGGGUCGUCCUUCGAUCCGGAUUCAUCGACUCGGAAUCAGAUUCGGGAACGAGGGUCGAUUCGGUAAGAUUUAAUGCGGAUUCGGCGUUUCUGCAGCUGGAUCGUCGAUUCAGAUUCGGCGACUCGACAAUAUUGGUUCUUGAAUCGAUCGAGUAAGCAAAAGAUCAGCCAUAUCAAUCACAAACUCCUCGUUUUACUCUCUGCCCCGUUCUUUUCCACUUCCCUAAAUAACUCCUCGUUCUGCUCUCCAAUUACUCCAAGGCUGCUAAUAAAUUUUUCAUUGGGAAGGAGAUGAUUUAUUUUAGUCUUCAUGGAUCGACGAUGCAGCCAGUUCCCGUUCCUCGUUCCCACCGUACCGGAAACAUGGCAACUAUGGUCUGGCUUUCCAAGUCGUAAACCCUCACACCACUCCAGCCACGAAGACCGAAAUUGUCGUGGUGUUUCAGCCGAGGCGUGCUGAAGUAGACGCAGUUGGGCCUGAGCUCCGGAAACUCCCCGACGGGCAGGCACGCCGAGUGGUUCAACCCGACGAACACCGCGUGACCCCGCAGGGCCGUCGAGGAGCUCAGGGCGACCAGCCUGCGCUCUUCGACGUCGACCUGGAGCACCUCCACCUUGAUCUCUCUCGGGUGUUGAGUGCGUCGAAGGGUUCGUGUAUCUGCAGGAGGCGGCCGCAGGGCGUGGAGACCAGGAACCUGGUGAGGACCCUCCUACGCCUCCUGUCCCCGUCGGCGAUGAUCGCCUCCCCCCUCGGUUCGCCAGGCCCGCAAAGAUCCCACGCCUCGACCACUUCGCGCAGCGUCACCGUGUAGAAUCUUCCGCCGUGGUGGACGCAAUCGGCAUACCGGUCGUCUCCCCCCGUCGGGGAGAGCCGCGGCGAGUCUCCAGCGGCCCUUUCUUGCUCUUGUGAAGGAGAAGCAGUUGGCAUCAUAGUGGAUGGCUACGGCAGUGUAGUCACCACCAUGAGCUGAUGGAUCGCAUGACAGCGCCACCUUCUGGUAGAACCAUGUGCCAAGGUCUCGUGCACCGGGCUGGCUAGGCUCAUGCUGAUGGUAUUUCCCAAAACGAUAGCCCACGACGCCUCCGUCGGCGUCGUAGACCCCCUCCACUCUAGAUCGGUGAUGGGCGGGAGAGGGAUCAUCGCGAAGGUGAAGGGGUGGUAGAGCACGAGGUUGGAGAGCUGAGUGAAUUGCAAAAAACAUCGGCACUUCAGGCUAGGUUUGCAGGAACCACACAUAUACGAAAUUAUGCCAAAAAACACUAAUUUUUUCACAAUUUUUUGCAAAAAACACUAGUUGCUCGUUUGGACCGUUUUAAGUGUGUUUAUGACAGGGGGCCCGCAUCCGUCGACGUGGCAGCACUGUUCACACGGCAACGCCGUUAGACGACGUUACACGCCGUUGGCGCACCGGUUCGAGCCGGACCGCUUAGUCUUCGAGCCGUUCCCCGCCCGGUCCUCUCCCUCUCUUUUCCUCCCCCGUACUCUCUCCUCUCAGUCAUGGCGACGACUGGCGGCGCAGGCGGCGACUGCGGCGGGUCUGCUGGUGUUGGAGACGAUGGUCCAUCGGUGGGAGAUAUAUGCGGGAGCUCAAACCCUAGCUGGCCGUUGGAUACGAGCAGCCCCAGCCACAACCCCCAGUACUGUCUCAAAUUUGCGGCGGCAAGAUCUUGGGCCAGGGCAGUGAAGGAGAAUCUGACGGAGAGCCACCGGAUUGCCUCGUCAUUCGGCGGCAUCUAUUUUAACGAUGAUGUUUGGGAAGUUAGAAUGCACUUCCAUGACAGAAACAACUUGGAGAGAUCAGUUUGCAUUUCAGACAUAACAUAUUAUAAUUUGGUUGCCCUAAUAGAGACAGAGGGAUAUGGGCUUAAUGAUUUCAUGUAUUUUGUGAGGGAUCCUGGUGUGGGGAUUACAGGAAUGGAUGAAAUUUGUGAUUAUGAUAAGGUGGAUGAAAUGCUUGACCAUAUUGCUAACAAUGAUCAGCACGUAGUGAACUUGACAGUGGUUAGGGGCACUGAUCCAAGACCUGCAGAUUUGAACUCAGGCUAUCUGGUUGAGGAGCAGGUUCCUUUGAGCCAUAUAGGAGAGAACCCUGUGUAUGUAGUAAAUCCUUCUGGUGUUCUCUUAAGAUCACCACCAAAAAGUAUAAUACAGAGUCAGCCAGAGCCAUUGCAGUUCUACACUACACAGCAUAACACAAACCAUGAUCUGGAUACAAAUGCUGUCAUGGACCAAUGCAAUGCAGCAGAUCAGGAUGAACUGGAGACAUUAAUGGAGUUGAAGAGGACAACAAAGAUUGCCAAAUUUAGGAAACAUAAGAUUGCAGCUAAGCAUGUAAAUAAGGUUAAGCAGAAGCUACCAAUUCUUCUAACUGAAGAUGAUUUAGAUCUGGAUGCAGAUGAGGACUAUCUUCAGAGGCUUAAUGAGAUGAGGAAGCAAAGAGAGGAUCCACUCAUUCAUUUUGAUGGAGACACUGAUGUGGAUGAAGUGUAUGAGGAAGAUGAGGAAGGGCAACAUGUGGAGGUGGAGAAAGAGGAGCAGGUGGAGCAAGAUGAGCAGGUGGAGCAGCAAGAGGUGCCUACAAAGAAGAAGAAAGCUAGAAAAGGGCCAACAGAGAGGUCACAUUCUAGUUUGGAACAGAGAUUUGAGGAUGUUUAGGCACCAUCAUCAGAUGAGGAGCCAGAUCUUGGUGUUUUGAAGCAGGAAUAUGAUGAUGGAGCUGGGGAAGUACAAUUUAUUAUGCCCAAUGGAAGGAAGAGCAGACCAGUUAGAUCUUUGCCAAGGAUCUGGUACAGUGAGGAGAGAGAGAACCAGAGGAGCAUUUUUGCAGAAAACUUUGUUUCCUCAAUGUGUAUUAGUUUAGGAGAGCAAUUCAGACAUUGCACAUAACUCAGAAUAGGAAUUAUGAGUUCCACAGAAACUGCAAUGACAACAUCAUAAUUGUGUGCACAAAUGCAAAAUGCCCUUUCUUUAUUGUAGCUUCUGUUGUUGCAAAUGAGACUACUUUUUGCAUAAGGAAGGCAAAUUUUGUGCACACAUGCCCAGCAGUAGGAGAGAGCACCAAGGUCACUGCAAAAUGGGUUGCACACCAGUGUGAGGCAAUGAUGAGAGUUGAUAUUGGCACACCAGUCACCACAAUAAUGCAGACACUGAAGAAGAAAUAUGGAAUAUAGAUGUCCACCCAUAUGGCCUACAGGGCUAGGAAGCAAGCAUUGAAGGUUGUCCAAGGAGAUUAGAGAGGACAAUACACUAGAAUAAGAGAUUAUUUGCAGGCUGUGUUGGAUACAAACCCGGGCUCUAGAUGUAUUGUUACUACUAGGCAUGUACCAGAGCACCCAAGCAAAAACCCUAGGUUUCGUGGCCUCUUUUUCUGUCUAGGUGCUUGCAGAGAAGGGUUUUUGAAUGGAUGCAGACCAUUCAUAGGUACAUUUCAUUUACUAAGUUGUGAAUUGUGUAUGUGCUCACAUUACAUACACCAUGUUCUCACAAUUGUCAGCUUUGCAGGGGUAGAUGUGUGACGCCCCCAGUUUGACCGUACACUAAUCAUACAUGCAAACAUGUACGAUCAAGAUCAGGGACUCACGGGAAGAUAUCACAACACAACUCUACAAAUAAAAUAAGUCAUACAAGCAUCAUAUUACAAGCCAGGGGC